GGGCGGAAGCCCGGCCGGGCACAUUGGGCCCUCCUCCCAACCUGUCCCGGGCUCGUGCCCGCCCACCCGAAAGUGGGUGAAAGGUCGGCGGUCCUGGAGCUGUAGCUGCGGCAGCAGAGCUUGGACCUCUGGGGAACUGACAGACAGACUGGCAGACGGACUGACCAUGGCCGACCAGCCGAAGCCUAUCAGCCCGCUCAAGAACCUGCUGGCUGGCGGCUUUGGCGGCAUAUGCCUGGUGUUGGUAGGGCACCCUCUGGACACGGUCAAGGUCCGACUGCAGACACAGCCACCAAGUUUGCCUGGACAGCCUCCCCUGUACUCUGGGACCACUGACUGUUUCCGGAAAACUCUUAUUAGAGAGGGCAUCACAGGGCUAUAUCGGGGCAUGAGCACUCCUAUCAUCGGGGUCACCCCCAUGUUCGCUGUGUGCUUCUUUGGGUUUGGUUUGGGGAAGAAACUACAACAGAAAUGCCCAGAGGAUGUGCUCACCUACCCUCAACUGUUUGCAGCUGGAAUGUUAUCUGGUGUAUUCACCACAGGAAUCAUGGCCCCUGGAGAACGCAUCAAGUGCUUGUUACAGAUUCAGGCUUCUUCAGGGGAAUCCAAGUACACUGGUGCCAUGGACUGUGCAAAGAAGCUGUACCAGGAGUCUGGGAUCCGAGGCAUCUAUAAAGGGACUGUGCUCACCCUCAUGCGAGAUGUUCCGGCCAGUGGGAUGUAUUUUAUGACAUAUGAGUGGCUGAAAAAUAUUUUCACUCCAGAGGGAAAGAGGGUCAGUGAGCUCAGUGUGCCUCGGAUCCUGGUGGCUGGGGGCAUUGCAGGGAUCUUCAACUGGGCUGUGGCUAUCCCCCCAGAUGUGCUCAAGUCUCGCUUCCAGACUGCACCUCCUGGGAAAUACCCUAAUGGUUUCAGAGAUGUCCUGAGGGAGCUGAUCCGUGAUGAAGGAGUCACUUCCUUGUACAAAGGGUUCAAUGCAGUGAUGAUCCGAGCCUUCCCAGCUAAUGCGGCCUGUUUCCUUGGCUUUGAAGUUGCCAUGAAGUUCCUUAAUUGGGCCACCCCCAACUUGUGAGGCUGAAGGCUCCUGGAUGCUGAAAGCUGUCACCGAGGAGGAGCAGUGGGCAGGACAAGGCAGUCCUGAAGGGUGAGGGGAGGGGAAUGGUGGGAUCAGAGCUCUGUGCCUGGACUUAAUGAGACCAUUGCCUUUAUGACAUCCUCUACCUUGUAGGAUUUGGUAUGCCAUUUUGAAAUUUGAAUUGACUCUUGUCAAUGUGAGGGAUCUCAAGAGGAUUUGAAGAUUGAAUAAGUAGCUUCUAGACAAGACAUCACCAGUUGACUGCUGGCCCUACUAUACCCAAAAUAUUCCUUGCUAAAGAGGUAAUAUCAGCCUCUCACUGGAUGCACUCUGCAUGUUUUCAACCAGCUACCAAGGGGCUAGAGUCUUCUUCCUUCCCUAGCCAGGAAAACCUACCUGAUUUCCAGGGUGCCAUCUAAUCCUGGGCUGCCCAUGGGGAUGUGGACUUGAGGCCCACAUCUGUCAGUCGAACUGGACUGAGCAUAUAUGCCUAGGAACAGAUAGCCUGUUAACUAUUGGAUUUUGAUUUUUUUUUCACACGUGCAAGUAAUCAAAAAUAAAACUAGAGUAGCCUAAUUUCUCAGGAGUAGGUGGAUAACUUUCCCUCCUACACAGUGAGGACAGUCCCAGCCUGCUGGCAUGAGAAAGACCAGAGUGUAGGAAGGUCCUUUUUGCCUUUCUUUUCUCAUGAGAGCACCUUAUUUUAACAAGAAACAAUAAAUGUUGUUUCUAUUUUUGCA